AUGCUGAGAAUCAGAGGUUUCGAUGUGAAGAGGGUACUGGUAGACCCGGGCAGCGCAGUAGAGGUAAUGUACCCUGAUCUAUACAAGGGGCUGAACUUAAGGCCGGAGGAUUUGACGGCUUAUGACUCUCCCCUUAUCAGCUUCGAAGGGAAGACAGUUAUACCAAAAGAGCAGAUCAGAUUACCCAUACAGACCGGGUCAGAGGUGGUGGAGGUGGACUUUAUCGUGGUUGAUGCCUACUCGCCCUACACAGCGAUAGUAGCCAGGCCAUGGAUCCACGCCUUAGAAGCCAUAUCUUCCACACUUCACCAAAAGGUAAAAUACCUGUCCGGAGGCCAAGUGGAAGAGAUUCAUGGGGAUCAGGCCAUGGCUAGGCAGUGUAUGGUGGCUGCCAUCUCACGUUGGUCCAAGGCUGAGUCCUCGGCUUCUGAAAACUUAUAG